AUCCGUGGUAAUCUCCAGGAUCUGCAGGAACGUAAGCUAAGAUUUUGAUGACCCUAGCUGGAGAAAGUUGCUGAAGCCUCACUUUAAUUGUGAGCCAUGCCUUUAGUAAAGAGGAACAUUGAACCUAGGCACCUCUGCCGAGGAGCUCUUCCUGAAGGAAUAACUAGUGAACUGGAAUGUGUCACCAACAGUACCCUUGCUGCUAUUAUACGGCAACUAAGCAGUCUGAGCAAGCACGCUGAAGACAUAUUUGGUGAGUUGUUUAAUGAGGCCAACAACUUCUACAUCAGAGCAAAUUCUCUUCAAGACAGAAUUGAUCGCCUUGCUGUCAAAGUUACCCAGCUGGAUUCAACAGUGGAAGAGGUAUCAUUACAGGAUAUCAACAUGAAAAAAGCAUUCAAAAGUUCGACCAUACAGGACCAGCAAGUUGUUUCAAAGAACAGCAUUCCUAAUCCAGUGGCUGACAUCUACAAUCAGAGUGACAAACCACCUCCAUUGAAUAUUCUUACACCGUAUAGAGAUGAUAAGAAAGAUGGUUUGAAGUUCUACACUGAUCCCUCCUAUUUUUUUGAUCUUUGGAAAGAAAAAAUGUUACAAGAUACAGAAGACAAACGAAAAGAGAAGAGGAGACAAAAGGAGCAAAAGCGUAUAGAUGGCACAACCCGUGAGGUGAAAAAGGUUAGAAAAGCCAGGAACAGGCGCCAGGAGUGGAAUAUGAUGGCAUAUGACAAAGAGCUUAGACCUGACAACAGGUUGUCUCAAAAUGUGUACCAUGGAGCAUCUUCAGAGGGAUCACUGUCCCCAGAUACUAGGUCCCAUGCAUCCGAUGUUACCGAUUAUUCUUAUCCUGCUACUCCGAAUCAUUCCCUCCACCAGCAGCCAGUAAUGUCUUCAUAUGGAACAGGAGAUGGACCACAGUAUAUGGGUGUAAACCAGGGACUUGAACAUGAAUAUAGACCAUCUGCUACCACAGUGCGGCAUGCUACCUUAAACAGACCUCAACAACCACCUCCACCUCCACCCCAGGCCUCAGAUGGCCCACACAGCUCUGUACCUUUGGUACCAGCAGACUAUGGGAUGCUCCCAACUCAGUUGGUGGAUUAUUAUAAUCCUACUGGACCUCCCCCCACUCCUCUUCCCCCUAUGAUUCCUUCAGCACAAACUGCUUUUGUUAGUCCUCUUCAACUUCCUGUGCCACCUUCCCAUUCUGGACUAGUAACUGGAUCUAUCUAUGCUGCUGCUGCUGCUCCUUCUCCUCCUCCUUCUUCUGGGCUUGUUGUUACAGCUUCCCCUCCCCCUGGCCCACCUCCUCCCCCACCAGGUCCUCCUGCUGUAGGUUCAUCUCUCACGUCCUCCCCGAUGCAUGCUUUUACAGUUCCUGAGGCAAAACGACAUGAAUCCACACAGCCGCCGAUCAGUGAUGCUCGAAGUGAUCUUCUUGCUGCUAUUCGAAUGGGAAUUCAGCUGAAAAAGGUACAAGAGCAACGUGAACAAGAAGCAAAGCGAGAACCUGUUGGAAAUGAUGUGGCAACUAUUCUUUCAAGGCGCAUUGCUGUGGAGUACAGCGAUUCUGAUGAUGAUUCAGAAUUUGAUGAAAAUGAUUGGUCAGACUGAGACCUGGUCCAAGUGCAGAAGCAGAAUUCAUGAAAUGCUUUGCUCCAAUAAUUACACCAUUAGCAGGACAGAAGGCAGGGUGUUGAAAUGUAUUAAAACUAGCGAUCUAAGUACUAAAAAUGAAUUGGUGGUAUUCAGAAUGCUGUAGCUUAGCAACUCUUGUAGUAAUA